UGUUUGGCGGCCAACAGGGAAAGGUAUUCCAGGUAAACGGACGCUGAAAUAACCUCAGCAGGGUCAUACGGGAGAACAUUUAACGCAUCUGGGAACAAUGGUGAAGAAUGUCAACUCUGGCACACAGCAGAGUGGCUGUUACAAGGAAACUGAGGCAGACCCUCCACUCAGCCAGCCUGAAUCUGAUGAUGGGAAGGAGCAUUCAGAAACCCAGCCAGGCAUGAUCUGGCGCAUGACAGGAAGCCUCAUCAGUGCCACCAAGGGAGCGAUGGGAGCCACAGUGGGAAGUGUUGCCUGGCUGGGGGGCAAGAGCCUGCAGAUCACCAAAUCUGCAGUGACAUCUGUCCCAUCUGUGGGCGUCGGCCUGGUUAAAGGGGGCGUGGCCGCAGUGACGGGGGGUGUGUCCACAGUUGGGAGCUCAGUAGCCAGCAAAGUGCCCUUUGUCAAAAAAGCAAAAGACAAGGCAGAGUAAGAUGUGAUAGUUGGGGCCACCAACUGACCGCCCCCAUCGCACACACACACACACACACACACACACACACACACACCUGAGCCUUAAAACAAGACUGAACAUUUAUACCAUCAAGCAGAGAUGAAGUAGAAUUUUAGAUUUAUUCAGUGCCUUUGUAUAGCUUUUUGCUUUUUUCCCUCUAGUUAUGUAUGUUGUACAGAUAGGCAAGGUGAGACACAAUCCACUCAGUUUAGCACAAUCCACUGUUUAGCAUGUUGGCUGUGUGCUAACCUAUCUCACGUGGUCCAUUCCAGUUUCUCCUGAUGUCUUGGUUUUAUCCCUGAAUGCUGUUUUACAGAUCAAAUUUCUGCAGUUUUUUUCUUGUGCUGCUGCAAUUCUCCAUGACGUGAUGCACAAAUGCAUUUGAUGCACUGUAUGAGUGCAUCCAGUACGUGUCUGUAUAUCAGCUUGUUAGAGACUGUCUUCUGGUUUAGCUGCACAGACCCAGGGAAAUUUACUGGCCAUCCUGAUAGAAAAGGAGUUUGCACCCUUCCACAUGCAGCUGUACAGUAUGAAAUGGUCUGCAUUUUUUGUGAACAUUUUUGUGUAAAUGUUUAACUGCACUUCAAUGCAAAAGAUACCUUUAUGCUUAUCUGCUGUGGUAACCCUAUACAGGGUGCCUACAGUACUGCUUAGUGUCAUUUCAAUAUAUUAAAAUAUUUGUGUAAUACUA